CUGGCACUGGCACUGGCACUGGCAGCGUCGAUGCGGCAAUCGACGUCUCUGGCACUGGAGGCGGUGGUUCGGGAGGCUCUGGCUCUGGCUCUGGCUCUGGUUCAGGAGAUACAGUCUCUGCAUCGGGCUCGGGCUCUGGAUCAGGGUCAGCAGGUACCGGCUCUGGUUCUGGUGGCUCUGGGUCAGGAUCAGGAUCAGGAUCGGGAGGCAGCGGCUCCGGUUCUGGUUCUGGUUCUGGUGGCUCUGGCUCUGGGUCAGGAGACGCUGGCUCUGGCAGCGUAGGAGGUAGCGUCUCGGGCAGUGUAGGAGGCAGUGGCUCUGGCUCCGGUUUAGGCUCAGGAGUCAGCGGCUCUGGCAGCAUAGGAAGCAGUGGCUCUGGCUCCGGUUCAGGCUCAGGAGGCAGCGGCUCCGGCAGCGUAGGUGGCAGUGGCUCUGGCUCCGGUUCAGGCUCAGGAGGCAGCGGCUCCGGCAGCGUAGGUGGCAGUGGCUCUGGC